AUGGGUGCAUCUCACAAGAAACCUCAAGAUGAUUCUAGCCUUGAAAUAUAUUCUCUUAUUUGGCUCAAUCCAUCAUUUCAUGAUAGUGAAGAAAUUGUCAAAGCUCAGAAAAAACUUCGAUCGUCAAUAAACCAUUUAAAUAUAUUUGAAAAUUCUUAUGAAUGCGAAGAAUAUAUUCGAUCAGCUAAUAGUACAUGCAAUCGAUUUAUUAUUAUUAUCAAUGAUGAAUUAGCUCGACAAAUAAUUCCUCGCAUUCAACAACUUCAACAAGUCUACUCGAUUUAUAUUCACUGUUUAGAUAAACAAACAAAUUUACCAUGGUCUCAACAGUAUCUAAAGAUAAAAUGUGUAAGCGCUCAACUUGAUAUACUCGUAACACGAAUUCAAACAGAUCAUAGAAUCGAUGAUUCAUUUCCCGUUGUUAUCUAUAAAACAAAUGAAUUACAUUUUCAUUUUAUACAUUCUCAAUUACUAUUCGAUUGUCUUCUUCGAAUGAAUUCAAGCAAUAAAAAUAAAUUUAUAUCAUUAUGUAAAAAUGAAUACGAAUUAGAUAUAAUUCAUAAUUUUGAAAGCAAUUAUUCACCAAGUCAAUCUUUAUCAUGGUACACAAGAAAGUCGUUUAUUUAUCAAAUACUAAAUAAAGCUCUUCUAAUACAAAAUAUUGAUCUAUUAUUGACAUUAAGAUUUUUUAUUCAAGAUAUGUCUCAUCAAAUCAAACAAAAUAAAUGCUCAUAUCCUAUACAUGUUUAUCAUAGCCAUUUAAUGACAUACGAAGAAAUACAAUUAAUUGAAAAUUCCGUAGGACAAUUUAUCUCGAUUAAUACAUUUCUUUCGACAUGUCUCGAUCGUGGUUUAGCGUUAUUUCAUCUUUAUGAGCCCAAUGAACUUCAACGAGUUUUAUUUGAGAUUAAUGUAGAUCUGCGAUUGAAUGAUGAAAAUAGUUGUGGUUAUAUGAAACUAAUUGAUUACUAUGAAGAAAAUGAACAAAUCAUUUUUAUGUUAGGUUCAAUAUUUCAAAUUGAAAAUAUUUCUCUGAAUGACGAUGAAAUUUGGAUUAUUCAAAUGAAAUUAUGUAAAGAAAAUGACGAUGAUAAUUUAAAGUCAAUUUUUAAUAUUCUAAAAAAUGAAUAUAAUUAUGGUCAAGAAAGAAAUUUAUUUUCAUUCGGUGAAUUUCUUAUUAAAGAAAAUUAUGUGGAUGAAGCUGAAAAUUAUUAUCGACGUUUAAUUGAUGAACUUUCUUGUCAUCCCGAUGAUAUUAUUCAAUGUUAUAAUACGCUUGGCAGAGUUACAAAACAUAAACAUGAUUAUGAAUCAAGUUUGCAAUGGUUUAAUAAAUCAAUUAAAAUCAAAACAGAAAAUGAUGCGAAUUUAAUUGAAAGCUAUGAUAAUAUUGCAGAAAUUCAUCAAAACAAUGGUGACACUAAACGAGCUAUUGAAUCUUAUAAGAAAGCAUUGAUGAUUUUCAUAAAAAACUUCGGUGAAGACCAUCCAAAGCUAGCAAUAUGUUUCAAUAAUCUAGCAAUUGCAUAUAAACGAGAGACAAAGUAUAUCAAAGCACUUGAAUAUCACGAGAAAGCAUUGAUUAUUUUGGAAAAAUAUCGAAUAGCUAAUCAUUCUGAUUUAGGUGCAUCACAUAAUAAUAUUGGUGUUAUUCACCGACAUCUUGGCCACUAUGAUCAAGCAAUAGAACAUUAUCAAAACGCAUUAGAAAUCUAUAAAAAAUCUCUUUGUUGUUCAUAUUCUGAUAUUGCUAAAACCCUGCGAAAUAUUGGCUUAGUUUAUCAAGAUAAAGGUGACUUAAAACAAUCGUUGUUAUGUUUUAAAAAAUCUGCUAUUAUCUAUCGAUGUACUUUAUCGCCGGAAGAUCCUGAUGUUAUGGAAAUUGAAGAAAAAGUUCGAAGUAUUUCAAUUCAUUUGAAAUAA